GUCUCCAAGCCUCUGAUGGAGAAGAAGCGCCGUGCACGCAUCAACGUGUCACUGGAGCAGCUGAGGUCUCUUCUGGAGAGACACUACUCACACCAGAUUCGGAAACGAAAGCUGGAGAAGGCCGACAUCCUGGAGCUGAGUGUUAAGUACGUGAGAAGCCUCCAGAACUCAUUGCAAGGACUCUGGCCAGUACCCAGUGGGGUGGACUACACGUCCGGCUUCCAAGGCGGCUUGCCCGGCGUGAGCCAGAGGCUUCGGCCGGGAGAGGACGGCAGCGGCCUGCGCUGCCCCCUGCUGCUCCAGCGCAGGGCAGGCAGCACCACGGACAGCGCCAGCCCACAGGCGACCUGUCUCAACCCCUGCCUCCCGGCCAUCUGGGGCCCCGGUCGCGCUGCAGGUGGCUCCCACCCCCCGCAGUCCCCGCUCCCUCUCCCCGGAGGUCUCCUUGAGUCCUCCUCCGACGUUCUGGCACCACAACCUGCAUCAAACUGCCAGGCCGAGAGUCCGAGACCCGGGUUUCGCGUGUGGCGACCGUGGUGAGGCCUAGGCAAGGAUUUAGA